AUGACGCCCAGUCCCGAUGAAGCGCUUCACUUUCGUGGAAAGACUCUGACUCCGGAAAGUCCUCGACCCCUACACAUCCCCGAGCCAUCCAAUAUCCCGGUUUUAGAGAACCAAAUGGACCCCGUCUUCAACGAUACAACCACCUAUGAACGCUCGCCGGAUCCUGGGAUGCAGAAUGCGAUGAUUGCUUCUGCGUACUACCCUCCCAACCCAGCGUCGGGGUCCGAAGGAGUCGGCCAUCCGAGCUCAGGUUUUUCUCACUCCGAUUCCACUUAUUCACACCCUGCUCCGGUUGCUCCGGUAUCCGAAGGCUUUGCCACUGGGAGCGAAGUAGACCAUGCCCACCCGGAGCAGUCAAGGAUGCCGGAUCGCCAAAUUGCUGAGGAACGCAUGGGACACAACGGGGGAGGUGUCAAUUUCCAGCAACUCCUCGAUAAUCUUUCUCAUCCUAACCCUGGUGCAACCAUUCCCGCCGCUUCUUCGGCUGAGAACUCGUCUCUCCACCAAGCGCCUGCUGGCGAGUCCCUCAAAUCCCAGGGCAUCCCUGCCCACCCUCAUGCCCAAAGCCACGAUUCUAUCCAGGCCCAUUAUACUCCAAAUGGCGAGGUGGCAUACCACCAACUUGCGUCUGCCCAUGAUGCCGCUGCCACUGCGUCGCCUGCCUACUCAGCCCAACCUAGUAAUAUUCAGCCCCAAACCCAGUCUCAGCCAUUUAACACUGCCCCUGGAGGGGCCGAGGCUCCUAUUGCCACCUUCCCGCAAACCCCAUCUACUGGUGCUGAAUCUCAGGGCUCCCUGCAGGAGCCUUCUGUAGCCUCCAAGAAAGGCCGUAUUGAAAAGCAGGGUCGGUCUACCAAGCCUGGUGACGAUGAUUCGCCAUGGGGUCCAGAGGUCCAAAAGAAAUAUGACGAGUUUCUGCACGACGAACGAAUCUAUGUGACGGAAGGUCUUUGGGAUCGAUUCCCGAUGGGCUCCAGGCUGUUUGUUGGCAACCUCCCUACGGAAAGAGUCACCAAGCGAGACAUGUUCCAUAUCUUCCAUAAAUACGGCAAACUGGCUCAGAUAUCGAUCAAGCAGGCGUACGGCUUCAUACAAUUUCUAGAGGCUAGUUCCUGCCGUGCGGCUCUCGACGUCGAACAGGGAGCCAUUGUGCGGGCAGGAAGAUACAUCUCGAAAUUUCAAAGCCUCAGCGAUCGACCCGACCCACUCAAGCACCCGAACCUUCCCGUGCACCGCCGCCACGUCGUUCCCGGUCACCGGAGUUCAGCCGUGCUGCUCCUGGGCGAACCAACGUCCGGGCCCCUGCCGAUCGGUAUGACCGGCCUAAGCCAUACGAACCAAGUCGGCUUCCGUUUAGCGAUUUCCGGGAUGAACCUUCUCACCGUAGCAGACGCGACGAUUAUCGCCCGCCGCGAUCGCCCUCCCCACGACCCUUUCGGGGGUCUAGAGAUGGGUAUCGGUCGCGAGACAGAAGCCCAGAAAGAUUUGAUCGCCGCGAGAGAAGGCGCUCCCGUUCUCCCCGUUCUCCGCGCUCUCCUUAUUCCAGAGAUCGGCGUUACCGCAGCAUCAGCCCAAGACCACGUGGUAUCUAUGAAGGCGAAGCGGAUUUACCAGUGCCUCGACGAGCUCAGCGAGAUGUGCCAGAGGUGCAGCUCCUCGUGCUGGAGGAACUUGACAGGUGGGUUGAAUCUCUCGGUGUCUGUUUGGAUAAAGUCACUGACGUUGCGAAGAAACUUCGUUCUUCAUGUAGAGAACGCUUUCCGCAACCGUGGAUUGCGAGUGGAUGUCCUGGUGCUUGGUCCACGGAUUCCUCUUGGCGCCGCCGUGCAUCGUCAGUUUAUUGAAGGCGUUCUUGCGGUUGUCCGCCUCUCUCGUCCCAAUCAAGUCUCUCGGAAGAUUCCUCUGCAGCUAUUUGAUCGAACCGCUGGAUUGGAUAAUGUCCGCUUCCUUGAUUACCCUGAGCUCGAGCCUAAUAUGUCCGCUGAGCUCCUGAGCCACCAAGCCCAAGCGAUGCAGCGAGGAGCAGCCCCAACCGCAUUUGCACCCAAUCCAGGUUUCAUUGUCCCUCCAGGACAGCCUAUGCCGGUUCCUCCACCUGGCUUGCCUGCGCUUUCAAAUCCACCCAACAUUGCGAACCUCAUUGGUUCGCUGGAUGGUCCUAGCCUUUCGACUCUCUUGUCGGCGCUCCAGCGGCCUCCCCACUCGCAGCCCGUGUCUGCUACCCAGUCACCCUUCUCCUCGCCAAACCCACCUCCGGCCGAUCUCGCCAGUCUCCUGACCAACACGCAUCGGCCUCCACCUAUGCAACCUACCGCACAUCAACCCCUUCCCCACCCACCCUUCAAUCUCCAGCCUGUAAAUGCACCCGUCAUCACCGAUCCAAAUCUGCUCUCGCUCCUGGCCAAAGGACUAGGUGGACAACAGCAGCAGGGCCAGGGACCUACCGGGCCCCAGGUACAGAACCUGAUGCAGCACCUGGCUAAAUGGAAGCAAUGA